AUGGCUGUAAUGGCAAUGAAAGGGUUGAAUGGUUUAGUGGUGUAUAAUAGUUUGCGUGACUUUAACAUCAUAUCCACAAUCGUAUCCAUACUGAAGAGUAUUGGUGUCUAUUAUGUAUUGGUUGUCCUAUUGGGUGCUCCCAUACUAUCGCAAAAGUUAAAUACACUGUAUUUGUCUGUUUUGUUGACUUCGUUGACAACGAUUCCGAUUCUAGUCUAUUGUAAACACAAUAAUAUCCAGAAUUUGAUGAAUAACUUGAAUUACUUGAGAAUUGAGGCCAAAGCGGAGAAUGUGAUUGUGAAGACAUCGGUGUUGACAGUGAUGGGCAGUUGGUUCGGGGCAUUCCCUCUGGCCCUCGAUUGGAUGCAGCCGUGGCAGGAAUGGCCCGAAUGUCGAAUAAGACUUCUUGAGGCCAAUGUGUUGUCGUUGCGGAAGACAGUGUCGGACGCGAGACACGGGUUGGAGACGAGUAUAAGUGAUCUGAAGAAGAAUGAGAGCAAACAAAAGGACUGCAAAGAGCGCCAGAAGAAGCUUCGGGCGAAGAUCUCGGACGCCAACGAGUAUCUGAUUCGUCGACAAAAGGAUACAAUAAAACGAAACGAAAAUAAAAACAAUUGCGAGCUUUUAAUCAAAGAAUUGGUUCAGCAAAGAGUGAAACAAUUAACGACUUAUAUCUUUCCCAUUAAUACGCGAGAAGUGAUGCCCGAAACCAAUGAUUACCGUUCAAUACUCCACUCGGAAACGAGUCCUUUACUCGAAACCAUCUCUAUAUCAAUGCCAACAAUCAAUUACACUGUAAUCGAGCCAUGGAUUUGUGGUAACGGAGACUAUUCUGCGUUCACUCUCUUCGGCAAUAACGAAAACCCGAAUUUCCCGAACAGAGACUCCAGUUUCCGAAACGCCAGUCUUGAUGACUUAGGCGCUGUUUGGCAAGUAUUACAACAAGUCGAGUUGAACUCGAAUCAUGGCUUAGGCAUCAGUCUUUUGGACGACUUGUGUCUAAUCGAUGAGACAGAGGACAACGGAAACGAUCAAAACGACGAGAAUUUAAUGAUUGAAUACGAUUGGGUUGAGAACAAUAUUCCCGAUCUUCAGCUCAAUAACGACGCACAGCAAACGAGUUACGCGAGUGGAGUCAUCUCGACGUUCACUUCGAUGUGGAGAAUCGCAACGAUGGCUAACCGCUAAUAAUAGUGCCAAACAUUAACCAUAUAUUUAAAGCAA